GCCCCUCUCUCUCCGGUGCGCCUGCGUGCUGAAACACACCGAGCGACCGAGCGCCCGCUGCCUGGACCGGCAGGAGGAGAGAGAGAGGAGCACCGGGGCUGCUGGGAACUUCACGGAAACGGUGACUGCGGGCAGCGACGGUGGCGGUGGCUGUAACGGUGACGUGAUGUGAUGCGAUGCCGCGCGGGAUCACGGUAACGUAAGAGCAGCAGCAUCAGCCGCGGAGGAGGAGGAGGAGGAGGAGGAGGAGGACUGUCGAGGCUGAGCCGAGGAGGAUGCAGCACUGACCGACGGAUCGGUACCGGGAGGAGGGGAACACAUCCAACGGUGCGACCGCCCGUCUUCCCGGGUCCUGGACCGACCCGAUCGGAUGUAAAGCCGCAGGGAUGGACGGGUAGGCAGGGAGGAGGCGCGCGGAGCGGAGCGAGCGUACGGUACAUAACGGAGGAGAGAGCGCGAGGAGGGGGAGGAGGAGGAGGAGGAGGAGGAGGGAGGCGCCAGGCGGAGGAGCACCGCGAGGAGGAGGGAGGAUGAAUCCGGUGGAUGGAGGAGGAGAAGCGGGCCCGGACGGCCUGGCGACGGCAGGUAGGGUGUGUGUGUGUGAGUGCAUGCGCGUGUGUGAAUGCACGCGCGUGUGUGUAGUGGGAGCUGCUGUCGCCAUGAUGCCUCCACAUCCGCCCAUUGACUCAGAGAGAGAGAGAGAGUGUGUGUGUGUGUGUGUGUGUGUGUGUGUGUGUGUGUGUGUGUGUGUGUGGAUGCUCUGUGCAAUGAGUGUGUGCUAGUGUGUGUGUGUGUGUGUGUCAGCAUCCCUCAGUCCAAUGGCAUUGAGGUGUGUGAGUGAAUGUGUGUGUGUGAACUGGGGGUGGAGGGUCCCUACCAAGGAGGAUUGUGGGAAGGCCUCUUGGCUGAUAGUUCAGUGUGUGUGUGUGUGUGUGUGUGAGAGAGAGAGUGAGAUAGGUGAUAUAAGGUGUUUAAACGGUGGUCAUGUGACUCUUUCAUGUUACACUCAUCCAUCAGAGCUCCUGCAGUGUCCUGAUAUUUUGAAUGGCAUUAACUCUAUGAUGGCAUUAAACGCUGCGUUCUGAUUGGCUGUCAGCCGUCUAUAGGAAUCACAGAUGUACAUCAGUAUAAACAGAGUCAUAAUUUUGGGUCCCUAGGGUACAUUAACCUGCAGGUUGCCAUAGCAACAGCACGGACGCUUCAAUGCAGGUGAAACUGACCAAGUCAAAGUAUUUAACAUAAAGGGAGUGUUUUCUAUUAGUGAGCAGUUACCUUAAAUUAUACUAGGAUAUAAAUAACAAGAUAAUCAUGGCGGUGGGAGUCGAACUGGGCCAAAUUCAGUCCUCUUACAAAUAUCCCGGCCCCCUCAAAAUGAGUCUAAACCCCUCUAACAAUACAAACACACAGCAGAGUAAACACAGGCUUGUUGGACUAAAAUAUAUCUAACAGAGCGAUUACACGAUCAUUAAAAUAAAUAUUUUGGCCUGUUACAGAUUUACUUCAGAAACAAUGCUCCAUAAAGCAGGACACUCUUAGCUAAACUAGUAUUAGCAUAAUCUGUUUUUAACCCUCACCUACUUAUGGGAAUUAAAAAAUCUGCUGCCAUUUACAAUCCUGGAAAAGUUUCAGAAAGGAUUUUUGUUCUGGAAAUAAAUUCAGACCAGAACAAAGUAAGUGGAAACAGUUUCAAUACUUAUAUUUCACCGGAGCUUCACAGUCUGCAGCUGUUUUCCUUAAACUCUCAUGAUAAAGCCUUGAAAGACAGAAAAAAACAACGCCAUCAUAGGAUCACCCUCUCCAGUCAAACAUGCUGUGAUUCACUGAGCAAACAUUAAGACGUCUUCACUAAACCUGACCUGUCAUCCCGACAAACAUUUCGCUUAUCGCAGCAAAACUUCUCCAACAUGAAGAGGAUGUGAAGCAGACUGACAGAGCUGAGGAUCCUCGUUGGUCGGGACGGUUACUGAGAAACGGAUUUAUCUUCAAAUUUAUAAGAACUGUGAAAAGUGUCCAACUCCUUAGUUUAAAAACAGAGGAGGGAGUGUUUUUCAGAGUGUUUUAUGACGUCUACUUCCCCUGUAAGAUACUGUCUCUUCUCUGCUGUCAUGUUAUGAUGAUUUGAGGUCUUAAAGUCUUAAACUAAAAGUUUCACAGCCGUAAAGUUAGAUGUUGUCUUCUGGUGUUUAUGUGGAGUUCAAUCAAAUAAUCUGAGACAUCAUUUUUGGGAAAUCUGGUGUAAAAUAUCCUGAGAAUCAGCUGAAGGAGAUUUACUGUUGAAGUUUGAUUUUACUGCAGAGAAGGUGGGAACGAUUACUGAGGAGAAAGGUUUGAGCCGAAACUCUUAAAUUAGAGAAAUUUUCAUGGAGGAGAAUCACCGUAAAACCUUCAUUGAAGAACUGAAGGUUUUAAAUUUCCUGUAAAGCAGCUGCAGCUACUUCUAUAUACUACUGUGAUUUGUGAUUAAAGGUACAGUAUGUAGAAAAAUGAAUAUUCAGGGACUUUCUAGCCAUCUUGAUUUAACUGCUUCCUUGCUUACCCCUCCCUUUGGCGAAUGGACGGUGGCCUUUGAGGACAAAAAGCCCCUGUGACGCAUCAUGAGUAUGGUCCUACAUUUGCCUUACAAAUGUACUUGUGCAAUACGACCCCCUCCUCUUUGUCUCCCAAGGGGUGCUUUUCAUAAAGGCAAGUGUUACUAGUUUGACCCUUUGGUGCUACUGUAGAAACAUGGCGAUAACGAUAUAAAAGCUGAUUAUAUUGAGGGGGUUAAACACUAAAUUACACUGACUGUUGAUUAUUUUGCUGCAUUUACACUCAGUCUGUUUUGGUAAAUGCGGCUAAAUACAAAAUACAGGAGCUAAAAAUAUCUUGUUUCAGAUCUAACAUGUCAGCUGAUAAUUCACAACAAGCUGUUUAUUACGUCUGUUUUUUGAUUAAACAAGCUCCAACUGGGUUUAAGUCCAGUUUGGGAGCAUGAGGACCUGCGAAAUUAUCAUGUUUUUAGCCGUUACUGUGCAGUAGGAAAAAUCUUAAAUAUAGGUUUUGAGAUGUUUGUGGAAAAUCUAAUUAUAUCUCAAUAUUUAGUUUUCAGAAAUUGAAACAAAAGAUUAAAAAAAGAAAACGUGGUUUAAAAUCGACGCGUCAGUCAUCAUGUGAGACGCUCGUGUCUCUCAGGCUGACAUUUUGGAGACUCAGAGGACACUGUGGUGAAAUUCUUUCAUUAUUUUGUGUUGCAUAAUGUGUGUGAUGACUCCUGACAGACUGACAGCAAGUUCCUCUGAAGGCUUUUUAUCUGCUCUGUUCAGAGGCUAUUUUAGGCUUUACACUGACUCAGUGUGUGUGAGAGUGUGUGUUUUAUUGGUGUGGGACGGCUUUAUCAGAAUGGAAAUCCCUUCUCCUACUCCCUCUGCUGGUCUGGAGUCAGUUUGAUUGACAGCUGGAUGAGGAUCGGUCAGUCUAAUAGACACCCGAUCGGGGAUCAAUCAGAUUCCCGAUCGGGUGUUCUGGUUUCAUUUGGUGUCGUGGACCACGCCGCAGACACGAUGUCAUGUUUACAGCCCACAAACACCCACAACACUCUCAUUAGAGACUGCAGGCUGUUAGCUUCUGCUUUACACACAGGUUCUGCUCUCUCUCUCUCUCACACACACACUCGUACACACAGACAUCAUCUCUCCUGCUCGGUCAGUUCAUUCACACACAGGAGACGGCUGAGGUGAGGCUGGUGUUUGAGAGAGAGGAACAGUCUGUUCUCAAAGUCUCGUAUUGAUGAUAUAACCUCAGCAGAAAGUCUGCUCCCCCCCUAAAAAUCACUCUGAAUGUGUCUCACAGCGUUUCAGAUUCAUCCUCUCCAAUCUUAAAUGUGGGAAGAGUUUCCAGAGGGUGACGGAGACGGAUUUUACCAAGUUCAGUAGAAACUAAAAGAGUGUUUUUGAAGAUAUUAUGGAAAGAAGACAACCCUAGCUCAGUGAGGGGUGAGACGCCUGGGAAAACGGUGAUAGAAACAGAAUUUGAUGGUUGGCAAAUCAUUAAAACUCUUAAUUCAACUGAGGAUGGUGCAAAGACAACGGAUCAAAUGUUGACAUUGAAAAAUGUCUUUGUUUUAUGAAAAUUAUGUCUUCCUUUUACUGAAAAACAUGGAAGAACAUCUCCAAACUUUUUAGAUAAAUUUACAUGUUUAGUGACCCAACCGGGAGUAAAAAGGGCAUUUCAAAGAGGCUGACGACGCUCUCAGAUAUGAACAUGAUCACCACUCUGUGAGAAAAAUAAUGGUCCUCAGUUUAAAGAUUUGACAUUUGCAUCACCGACAUUUUAAUUUCAUUAAAGACUCAUAGAAUCUGGAGAAAGCUCUGUGCAAAAGGGACAAGGACCAAAACCAGUAAAAACAGACAUGACUCUGUAGUGUAACUCACCGCACAGGCUCCAAAUCACCUCCAAAAAUCCAUUGUCUGUUCACAGAGUUUAUAGCUGCAUCUGCAAAUGCAAAGAGGAAACUUUCUGUAAACAUGAUCCAGAGAAACCAGACACUUACAACUGUCCUGUGGUCGGAUGAAUCACAAUUUGAUCUUGUUUUUGGAAAUCAUCUAUUCAAGAAAAGGGGCAACUUUUAACUUCUAACAACACAGCGAUAUUUAUCAGUUUAAACAUGUGAUACGAGUAAAUCAACCAUCAUAUUCUGGAAUCACUGGAUCUAAAAUGUUAUCUGCAGAGGACUGGAUCGCUCAGACUUUACUGUGAUGGUUUUUCUACAAAGCGUCUCAAGGAUUUUAAAUAUAUAAAAGACUUCAUGAUGAGGAAGUUAAACAGCUUUUAAAAAGAGAAACAGAGGUUUUUUAACUGCGCAGCACCUCAAGGAUUUUAACUCUGCGGCAGCUGGGGUAACUUACGUAAAAGGAGCCAGAAGACAUGGACAGUGAAGCAGCUGGGAUUAUUUUUACUGCACAGACACCGGAGGUUGGUUUCUCAGCUACCACAUCCAACUUCUAAGAGGAAAAGGAAAGCACCAUAUGUACCUGUUUAUUCAGUCUACUGAUGCAAAAAUAAACUUUGGGGUGUUUUUCUCCUCCAUUUAAUCCUUUUAUGAACACUCUGAAUUUGCCGUUAUUCCAGGUUUACAGCCUCUAAUGCUGCCGUUUUCGGCUUUUUUUUAAUUGAUAUGGCUCGACUUGACCUAUUUAUUCGUAUAAAGAGGUUGAUUUUGAAAUCGGGUACACCCCAGCCCCCCCAUAAUCCCUCAGAGGUCUCAGAACAAACAAUUAGUGUCGAUUGAAGUCAAUCGGGGUCUGAGGAGUCAGAGCGGGCUUUGAGGAGACCGAUCUGUCCUGAGGGAGGAAAGGACUCAAGGACAGUGAUGAAGGAGACAGAGAGGAGUGUAAGGAGGAGGUGAGGCAGCAUAAAUGUGAGCGCUCCUUCAUGUUUCCAGUCUCUCUCGCUCUCUCUCAGAGGGUUAGCGCCGCGCGUUGAGCUGCUAAUGUGAGAUGUUUAAUGCCCUCAGUGUGUGUGUGUGUUGGAUUAGCUUCUCCCCGCUGUGCAGGAUGAUGUGACGCACACAGGAGGCUUGUAUGUCUGUCUGUUACACACACACACACACACACACACAGGCAUGCAAACACACACUCUCUCUGAGCUGCAGCGUUUUAAUUGAAAUGUCUGUCAGCUCCUCUCUGCAGCCUGAUUGGCUGGUUCUGGAGGAGGUGUGGGGAUAUUUUCAUGUGAAGGGUCUUUUUGCUGUAAUUUUCCUGCUGGAAUAAGGCGAGGAGGCUGUUCAAACCAGGAAGACAAAUGGAGGGACUUAAUGGUGUGAUGAGUGUUUGCAGGCCUGAGUCUCUCAAUCCCACUUCAGCAGCAGAGCGCAGAGAUGCUGCUUGAUCUCUCUGGUCCAAAUUGAACGGAGUGUUUGAUCUCUAUCGGCAUUAUAGAGCCAUGUUUGUUUCAAUGUGACGCUCGUAUAAAUGUGACUGCAGCCAGUUUCCUCUGCCUGACAGCUGGUGGCAGCGACAGACCGAAAAUACGCCCAAAUAAAAAGCAGCAGAAGAAGAAGAAGAGCGCUCCAUUUGUUACCUCCGCCAAAGAGGUUAUGUUUUCGGUAGCGUUGGUUUGUUUGUCUGUUAGCAACUUCAUGGAGAAAGUAACAGACGGAUUGAGGAGGAUCCCAUUACAUUUUGGUGGUGAUCCAGACAAAAUUCUGGAUACUGUGAUCUGAUCCAGAACACACAAAAAUAAGGGUGUCGUUGGAAUUUACCAAUGGGCGGCACAGUGGUGUAGACAGGAGGUACAGUGGUGUAGUGGUUAGCACUGUCGCCUCACAACCAGAGGGUCCUGGGUUUGAAUCCCGGUCAGGGCAUUUCUUGUUUAAGGGGGGACAUGAGCUGCUUGGCAGAGGUCUGCGCUCUCCGAGUGCUUUUCUAGUUCUUUAUCUUGUUACGAUUUUACCCGACGAAAGAUUAAAAACUCAAAAGAAUUAUUUUUCAACAACUUAAAGCUCCCAUGAGGAGUUUUUUAACUUCUACGAAAUUGAUCUUGAUGGCUUUUUAUGACAUCCAGAUGCAAACAAGACCAUCAGGGACAUGAUUCAUGAUUCUUAUGUCUUAAUUUUUGAUCUAAAACUGGUGUGAGGGUGUAGGUGUCAACCAGGAAACAGCCCUUUGCCACCAUUUCAACACAAAAUGACAAAUUUGACUGUCAGAUGUCAGAGCAAAGCAAAGACUUUUCCAUCCACAGGGGGCGCCAAAAUAAAUGAAAGUCAAAAGUUCUUUAUAGGAGCUUUAAACUGGUAAAUAGUGACUGAUGAGGUUCUGAGUUUGACUGUUUUUCGUCUCUGUGUCUCUCAGGUUCAGGAAAAGCCGAGUGUGUCCGGGCGGUCGACGUCCUGACGGUGCUCAGAGAGAAAGUGGCCUUCGUUUCAGGUAAACUACACACACACACACAAACACACACACACACACACUCUAAAUGUGACCCACUAUAAACAACCAUCUUCAUCCAGGUGGGCGGGACAAACGUGGCGGACCAAUCCUGACCUUCCCUGCCAGGACCAAUCAUGAUCGAAUAAAACAGGAAGACCUCAGCAGGCUGGUCACAUAUCUGUCCACCAUACCGAGGUGAGGCCGCCCCUCUGUGCUCUCUCUCAUCCAGAUGAAGAGAUGAACGAGACCCUGAGGAGUCCUGCUGAUCGCUCUCUCUCUCUUCCUGUGUCUCUCAGUGAGGACGUGCGAGCCCGGGGGUUCACCGUCGUGGUGGAUAUGCGCGGCAGUAAGUGGGACAGCGUGAAGCCAGUUCUACGGACGCUGCAGGAGUCGUUUUCCUCCAACAUCCACACAGCGCUGCUCAUCAAACCCGACACCUUCUGGCAGAAACACAAGACCAACCUGGGCAGCGCCAAGCUCAGCUUCGAGGUACUGCUGGGUCUGAUUGAAGCACUGUGCUGCUCUUACUAUAACACUCACAGUCAGUAAACCCGGUCCUUCUUCUCCCCGUCUCUGUCCCUCUCUUGGUUCAGACCAGUCUGGUGUCGGUGGAGGGUCUGUCCCGCCUCGUCGACCCCUCCCAGCUGACGUCCGACCUCGGCGGCUCGUUGGAGUACGACCAUGUGGAGUGGACCGAGCUUCGUCUGGGUCUGGAGGAGUUCUCGGGAGCCGCCACACAACUGUUGGCCCAGCUGGAUCAGCUGGAGGCCGGGCUGAACCGGAUACCUGAGCCCCAGGAUGUGGAUGAGGCCCGCAAGUGAGGAAGAGUUUCAGUCGAACCCGACACUUUCAUUCAGUUUUGUCCCCUUUAUCCUGACUGAACGUCUUUUUAUCCCGUUUAGAGUCAGAGUAUUAACACAGCUGCCGAUUGGUUGUUGGUCCAAAAAAUAAAGCAUGAAAUUCUACGUAACUGUGUUGACAUUUUCAUCUCCAGACUCCUCGAGGAACACGGACGUCUCCGUAACACCAUCGCCACUGCACCGGUGGACGCCCUUGAGCGUGAGGGGCGGAGCUUGCUCCAGCGAAUGCGUUUAGGCCCCGCCCACGGUGAUGCUUCGACUGAAGGGGGCAGCGGGGGCGGUAGUCACGGCAGCUGGCUGUCGGGCGGGGCGGACUUCCAGAGUGUGGCUCCGAAGGUCUCAUCUCUGCUAGACCGGAUGCAGGCGGCGCGGACUCACCUGCUGCAGAGCUGGAGCGACAAGAAGCUGCACCUGGACCAGGCGCUGCAGCUACACCUGUUCGAGCAGGACGCCACCAAGGUAGGGGUCAUUAAAGUACGGUCUGGAUGUUAGAGGCAGAAAUCAGACCAGAACCAGAACAGAGAAAAAGGAUCAUGAAUGAGGACUAGAGGAGGGACUUCACCUGGACUUUGACAUGUCUCUCUCUCUGUCUCUCUCUCUCUCACCUGUCUGUCUCUAUAACCUCUCUCUUUCUCUCUCUCUCUCGUUUUCUCUCUCAACUGUCUCUCUCUCUCUCUCUUUCUCUCACACCCGUCUCCCUCUCUCACCUGUCUCUCUCCCCCCUCAGAUGUCGGAGUGGAUCGCUCACAGUAAGGAGUUGUUCAUGCAGAGUCUUGCGGAGGUCGGCCAGAACAACCAGCAUGCCCUUGACCUCCAGACACAACACCAGCACUUCACCGCCAACUGCAUGGUCAGUGUGUGUGUGCGUGUGUGUGUGUGUGUGUGUGUGUUGUUUAAUUGCCCCUGUGGGACUCCUCCUGAACAUGCUGUGUGUGUGUUGAUGCAGAACGGCAGUGUAAACGUUGACAGCGUGGUCACCGUGGCAGCGAGGCUCGCAGAGGCCGGUCACUACGGGGCGGAGCGGAUCGCCAUGGUGUCGUCGCGGUUACAAGAGGAUUGGAAGUCUCUGACGACAGCACUGGAGGAACGCAGCAACACGCUUGCCAUGGCGACUGGGUUCCACCAGGGGGCGGAGCAGGUGAUUACCUCUUAAGUGUGUUGACCGGUCAUGUGACCGCCUGUUUUACUGCUGAUUGGCCAACCUGACUCGUUUCGUCUCGUGUCCAGUUCCUGCUCAGAGUGGAGGGUUGGGUCAAGGUGUGCUCAGAGGGGCCGUUGCCAUCGGCGACAGCAGAGCUGGAAGCUGCGACAAAGAAACACCAGGAGCUGAAUGAGGAGAUCUCUGCAAACUACACACAGGUACCUGUCCCACCUCACACCUGUCCGUCCUCACCUGUCCGUCUCCACACUAACACCCUCCUGUCUGUCUGUGUGUCUGCAGGUCAGUGAGAGCGGUAAAGCCUUGUUGGAAGUCCUCCAACGUUCUCCGGUGACCGAAUCUGAAGACUCUGGGACCAAACCAGACUUCACAGCUGCCACGCAUGGCAUCAUGGGAGUUCUGCACCAGGUCAUGCAGGUGUGACUCAUGUGGCAUGUCAACAGUCCACAAAAAACAGGCUGACCGACACCUAAAGGGAGUUUAAAAUUUGUUUUCUCUUCUCGAAGGGUCACCAUGAGGUAGAGGGGGCGUGGCAGCACCGUAAGCUCCGCCUCCACCAGCGUCUGCAGCUGUGUGUAUUUCAACAGGAUGUUAGACAGGUAGGACUCAUUGUGAUUCAGAUUAACUCCAACUUCAGGUCCAGAUACCUUCGUUUUUUUUAAUUUUACAUUAGUUCUGUUGAUGCACUUUUAUUUUGAAAUUUGUUUGAUGACUUAAAAUCCAAAGAUUUAUUUAUUGAUUUAUUUAUUUAUGCCUCUGACUGCCUGUGUCUGUCUCUCAGGUGUUGGACUGGGUGGAGCAGCACGGGGAGGUCUUCCUGAACAAACACAGCGGUGUGGGCAAAUCUCUUCACCGAGCUCGAGCGCUGCAGAAACGCCAUGACGACUUCCAGCAGGUCGCACAGGUAACAGGAAAAAAAGCCGGACUAACUAAACCCGAGAAAACCGUUUUAGAGGGUCCAGCACGCUGCUGUUAAUGUGGAUCUUCAGACUCGGAAGGAUUCAGUGUUUACUGAUGACCAAUCCUAAUGUAAGCACUAACAUCAGCCCUGUGCAUGCGCUUGUGUGUGUGCGUGUGUGUGUGUAUCAGAACACUUACACUAAUGCAGAGAAGCUUCUGGAAGCAGCCGACCAGCUGGCUCAGUCUGGAGAGUGUGAGGAGGAGGAGAUCUACCAGGCGGCCCGAGACCUGGAGCUCCGCAUGCAGGUAAACUCUGACAGGAAAGAGAAAACAUGUUUUUAUUUAGAUUUUUUUUUACUCUGAGAUGGCGUCAGAAACUCCUCCUCCAGUCCUCGCUCACUUCUCUCCUCGCCGUGUGUUUAGUCACGUCCGGUUCACGUCGUUUGUUUAGUCCCGUCCUCGUGUUUCACGGGUCGUAUGAAUCACCGUAACGAGGGUUUUUCUUCUCAGGCCUUUAUUCAGAGAGUGGAGCAGAGGAAGCUGCUGCUGGACCUCGCUGUGUCUUUCUACACACACACCAAGGAGGUAACACACACACACACACACAGUGUAAAUACUGUCACAAUAAGUGCAGUAAUAUGCUGUUAUAUAUUGUUACAGUCUUUCAGUAAUAAUGGGUUAGAGAUCAGUUAUGAUACAUUCUUCCUCUUUCCUCUCUCCUUCUCUCCUAAUGAUCCUCCUGCUCAUUUCACUGUCUCCUUAAAUUUUGCUCUAUGUCUGCUCCUCACCUGUCCUCCUCUUCUUCUCUCCCUUAUCCCCUCCCUACAUUCCUUUACCCUUACUACCUCUCUCUUUCUUCCUCCACCCUCCUCUUAACAUCCUCCCUUCCUCCUCUCUCCUCCUUUGUCUCCUUUCUUCCUUCAUUUCCUCCCUUUUUCUUUGUCUCCUCUCUCCCUUGUUCCUCCUAACUUACCUCUUCUCUUCCUCCUCAUCCCUCCUUCCUCCUCUCUGCUUCCUUCUUCCUGUCCUCCUUCCUCCACUCUUUCUUUCCUCCUGUCCUCCCUCCUACCACCUCAACCCUUCUUCCUCUUCUCUCCUUCCUUCCUCCUCUCGCUUUCCUUCCUCCUGUUGUCCCCCCUCUCUCUCCUUUCCUCCUCCUGUCCUCCUUCCCCCUCUCUCUUUCCUUCCUCCUGUCCUCCUUUGUCCUUUCCUCUCUCCUUCCUUCCUCCUAUCCUCCCCCCUUCCUCCUCUCUUCUCCUCUGUCUCCUCCCUUCCUUCAUCCUCUCUCCUCCUCUGUCUCCUCCCUUCCUUCCUCCUCUGUCUCCUCCCUUCCUUCUCUAUCUCCUCCCUUCCUUCCUCCUCUUUCUUUCCUUCCUCCUGUCCUCCUUCCCCCUCUCUCUUUCCUUCAUCCUGUCCUCCCUGCUUCCUCUUCUCUCCUUCCUUCCUCCUGUCCUCCCUCCUUCCUCCUCUCUCUUUCCUUCCUCCUGUCCACCCUUCUCCCCUCUCUUUCCUCCCUCCUUUCCUCUCUCCUUUCCUCCUCCUGUCCUCCCCCCUUCCUCCUGUCCUCCCUCCCUCCUCCUCUCUCUUUCCCUCCUCCUUUCCUCUCUCCUUUCCUCCCCCCUAGCUCUCAGCCUGGAUGGAGGGUCUUCAGAAGCAGCUCUCCUCUGAUCUCUGCGUCUGUCCGGACUCAGUCGAGGCUCUGCAGACUCUCAUCAGUCAACAGCAGCAGCAGCAGGCCAACACGCAGGUACCUGCUGACCUUUGACCCCUUACCUGAAGUCUAACCCGGUCAUAACAUCCUAACACACCCCUGACCUCUGACCCCUGGCCUCUAACCCUCACACUAACCCUGCCUCUAACCCUGACCCACAGGAGGCUGCGAUGAGUGUCAUCCGGGAAGGAGAAGACCUCAUCCUGCAACUCAGGUACACACAGAGUGGGUGCGUUUGAUUCACGCCUCGGCGCUGCACAGGUGCACUUUGUUUGUUUCCUGUGCUCUCACAGAUGUUUGAUUGUUUGUCAGGCUGAGCUAUGUUUAGCAGUUUUUCUGUUUCUGUCAAAUGUUGGGUGCGUUUGUUUUCUAUUUUAAGACAUGAGGAUGUUUGUGUUAUGUGGGAGUUUGUUUCAUUGAGCAGGACAGCCCUGCAGUCUGCGUGGAGUUGGUUUAUAAUGACUGUAGGUGUGUUUGUUUGAUGGUUAUAAUGGUGCGUGGGUGUGUGGGUCAGAUGUUUCUCAGAUGUGUGAACCUUGAAGGUGGGUCGGUCUUUACGUUCAUGAAGCUCGUGUCGGUGUGUUUUUUUCUUCAGGUAGCCUGUGUGGGUGCGUUUCUAAUCUACAUGUGCACGUGCCAUUAUCUAAUAUUUAUUCAAACCUGUGUGGGUGCGUUUAGUUUUGACUUUGUGGUCCAAUGCAUGUUCCAUGAAUUGUUUCUUCUUCCGACCUGUGUGGGUGUGUUUGAUUUCCCUUUAUUAGGACAUGUUUAUCGAAGUUUGUGGAUGUUUCAGUUCACAGGUCCAUUUUUUUUGCGGUUUGUUUUUCAUCUUCUCGCCUUAAAGUAGGACAAUGGUUGGCUUUGUUUCCAGAUUAGCUUGACCGUUUUAGGUGCGUUUGUUUCAGGCCCCAGGGCAGCUCGGUGGCUCACGUGGAGUCGGUGCUUCAGCAGCUGGAGGAGUCUCAUGUUCAGCUGGAGGAGCUUUUCCACCAGAGGAAGAUCCGAUUAGAUGUUUACCUCCAACUCCGCAUCCUGCACCAGUGCACUCUGGAGGUUCGCUCUCAUUUAUUCACAGAUAAAACUUUUUCCGUUUCUGCGUCCACGCCGUGAAGGCUCGAUGACUUACUUUUGUGUUUUUUCUCUCAGGUGACCGGGGAGAUGGACGCUUGGAAGCAGGACCUCCAGAAACAGUCGCAGGACUUCUCAGCAGAGAAACUUGCGACACCGAGACUCGCUGACACAAACCAGGACAAGAUGGCUCAGGACAAGCUCACGCUGGGACAGGCUCGGCUCGCAGAAGCUAGCCCCGAGGUGCUGACGCUUGCACAGCAGCGCAUUCACAGGUAAACAGGAACAUGACAUGUCAGUAGAGUUUUGAUAUCGCAAUAAUAUUGUAAAUUCUUCGCUCAUGAUCGUUGAGAAGUUUUUUUCUUGACUGACUCAACGAUUGAUUGAUUGAUUGAUUGAUUGAUCCUCAGGCACAUGGAGCGAAGGCUGGCCAUGAACAAUAUGAUCUACGAGGUCAUCCAACAAGGUCACGACCUUCAGCAGUACAUCACUGAGGUCCAGGCGUCAGGUGAGCGUCACAUCGUCGUACUUCAACUAUCGCUGUGUUUAACGCCGCUUGAACUGAUACGAAGAGUUAAUCAUCAUCUAUUCACCGUGUCUUUAAAUAAAAGAACACAACGGUAUUGAAGUAUCGAUGAGUGUUUUCUGGUGAUUCUUGAUUAAAGUCUUUCAGAGGUCCUAUGAUGGAGUUUUAUCCUUCUUCGGGGAGCUUCAGAUAUUUAAAAUUCAGGCUGUAGAUCCUUGAAAGCCUCACACGGGUUUGAGAAGCGCCUCUGGCCUUUUAAAAGUUCCUGUAGGCGUUGCGGUGGUUCCUGAGAGAAAUCAUCUGGACCCUGAGACUGCAGAUUAGCUGGUUAAUGGGGGGAACGAGUCUUUAAGGGUUCUCAACGGUCCUUGAGGGAGUUCCAGUGGUCCCUUGUGAAAUUCUUAGGUACACUGACGGUGCUUCAAGGAAAAUCUCAGAUGGUCCUUUGAGAGGUUUACAUGAUCCCAGAGGAAGCCCCAGGAGUUUUUUCAUAUUCCAGGAAUCCUGAAAUCUCUUUUGAAGGAUCAUGAGGGUGUUUUAAAGGUUCCUUAUGAGAUAUUAAUGUUCCUAAAGAGGGUACAGGGAUCAUAUGAAGGGCCCUCUUGGUCUUUUAGGAGCUUUUCUAAGAGGAGGGACAGUUUUUGUGGGUUCUGGUGUCCUGAGAAGGUCCUCUUGAAGAACCCCGGUGGUUGUUGAGGAGUUUCCAAAGAUCUUUGGUCGUCCUUCUUCAGUCCUGUUGGUUUGAGGGUCACUGAGAAACUCUCCAGAGGUUUCUAAUGUUUCCUUGAGGGGUUGCAGAGUUACUUAAUUGGUUUCCACAGAUUUUAAUUGUGCUUUAGUGGUUUUGGAGGAGUCCCUGAAGGCCAAAAGUCUGUUACCAUCGAGGACAUAGAGAUUCAUAAAAGUGUUCAUGUGAUCCUUGAAGUGUUUCCAGUGUUUUUGGAUUUCCAAACCGUUUCUGAGGGUUUUCCAGGGUUCAUUAAUGGCUUCAAAGACCCACACUCUGGCUAAAGGCCGAACUGGCAGGAAGUGAAACAGUUCACAGAUCAGAACAGACGGCCAUAUUGAUUUUUCCCCCUCUUUUGGAGAGAAAAUAGCUCAGAGUGGAACAUACAGCAGGCGGCUUUUUAUUGUCAUGAUACGGCGAAGCGUCGGUCUGACCAGCUCAGGAACACACUGAUGAUAUUAGGGGGGAAAGGGGGGCAGAGGAUGAUGGGGGGAGGGGGAAAGGGGGAUGAGGUUGCCAUAGAAACUGCUCUCUGAAGCACACAGCUGGUCCCCAUGGAAACCAGCGUAUUGAAUUUGCCAUGGAGACACACACAGAGACACACAUACACACAUACAGGCAUCCAUGCACACGAUUACAAACAGAGAACUUAAAACACCGAACAUAGAAGUACUUCACUCUGACCAUGUACACGUGUGUGUGUGUGUGUGUGUGUGUGUGUGUGUGUGUGUGUGUGUGUGUGUGUCAGGUAUCGAGCUCUCAGAGGCAGAGGGAGGUCUCUCCUCUCAGGUGGAGGAGCUGCAGCACCUCCUGCAGGACAAACAAAAGGAGCUGCAGCAGAUUGCAGAUCACACACACACACACCUGGAGCAAAACCUGCAGCUGAGACACCUGCAGAGCCAAGUCAAACAGGUAACACACAGUCAAACGCACGCACACACACACACACACACACACACACACACACACAGAUCCAGGGGUUCACUCACCUGUCCGUCCCCCUUUGACCGUCUGUCUGCGUGUCUCAGGUUCUGGGUUGGAUCUCUGAAGGGGAGGUCAUGUUGUCAUCCUGCAUGUUGAACUCCAGCUGUUUGUCUGAGGCUGAGCAGCUGCAGAGGGAGCAUGAGCGCCUCCAGCAGGCCAUCGAGGUAACUGCACACAAAACACACAAUAUCAAGGAGAAUUCUACACAUUUUUGGGAUAUUUUGUUGACACAAAGGAAGACAAAAACAACAAGUGGGUGAGCUUAAUAUAGAGAGAGGCUAAUAUCAUCACAGCUCGGAUAUAAAGGUCACCGCUGCAAAGUGACACUAAUGAGGACUUCAGAUAACAGGUCGUUUGGUUGGAUUAGAGGGAGUGAAGGUGACGUACCUGACGUGUGCUCUUCUCUUUGUCUUUUAGGCCCUGCUGCAUGCCGACUCCCUGCAGAGGACCCACCAGGUGGCUCUGGCUCUGCAGCAGAGAGCAGAGCUGCUGGUCAGGUUAGUUUUUGACUGCAGUGGUUAUUAAUGCGAGUUAACAGAAAACCUCAUCAACCAGGCAGGAUGUAGAGAUUGGAUUUGAAAGUUACAAAAUCUGCGACUUCUCUCCUCUAAGGUCGGGUCACUAUGAUCCAGACGCGGUGAGGUCCUGCGCCCAGACGGUGGCGCUGCACUGGCAGACUCUGAUGCUGAGGAUUGAAGACCGGCUCAAACUAGUCAACGCUUCUGCAGCCUUUUACAGAACAUCCCAGCAGGUACCGCUGACGGUCAUCUGUCUGUCUGUCUGUCCUGAUUUACGACCUGUCCGUCCCUUUACCUGCCUGUGCGUCUCCUCAGGUGUGCGGGGUGCUGGAGAGUCUGGAGCAGGAGUACCGCAGAGAGGAGGACUGGUGUGGAGGUGGAGACAGACAACCUGAACAGCUGCUGCCCCUCAUCAACAAACACAUGGAGCAGAAGGAGGCGUUCCUAAAGGUGAGGAGGAGGAGGAGCUGAAACUCUUUCCCAGAAUCCUUCAGUCAUAACUUUCAUGGACCUAUAAAGAAGGAAAACCAGAGAAACCGAAUUACAGGAAAGUUAAGGUUAACGGUCAGUCAGUAGGCUGCAGGUGAUACCUGACAUCCUUGUUUCCAUGGUGACAGGCUUGCACUCUGGCCAGGCGGAACGCUGAAGUUUUCCUCAAGUACAUCCACCGCAACAGUGUCACCAUGGCGAACAUCUCGGGCCACAGCGUCACUGUCUCUGGGGUCACAGAGGUCACCGGGCACUCCAGGGUACCUGAACAACAGGUCAAAGGUGAACGAACGACAGUACAAAUGAGGGGCUCAGUAGCAGUCAGUCGUGAUUUGAGUUUGAAAAUAUGAAUACCAAAGGACCCAACAUGGAGCCCUGAGGAACUCCACGGUGAACAGUUUCUACACUUUUAUCUGACCCAGGUGUGUUUUUGUUUUGUCUGCAGGUAUCCUGAGUGAGCUGCUCCAGAGAGAAAACAGAGUCCUUCAUUUCUGGACUCUGAAGAAACGAAGACUGGAUCAGUGUCAGCAGUACCUGAUGUUUCAGAGCCACGCCCAGCAGGUAGACCUGAGCACCCUUGACCAAAUAUGGCGUUACUUUAAAAAAAACUGAUGUGCCAAAAGAACGAAAACCCUUUCACUUUAUUGUCUUAAAACGUUGACUUCGGCCUGAUGAUUGCAGACUCUAAUCAAACAUGUACUUCCUGUUGCAGGCCAUGGAUUGGCUGCAGCAGUCAGGUGACCACUACUUAGCCACGCACACAUCGGCGGGGGCGUCAGUCACAGAGACGCAAGAACUGCUGAACCAACACAGAGAGUUUUGUGUUUCCGCCAAGGUGAGAGCACACACACUAACACUAACACUAACAGGUGUGCGGUCUUUUGGUGAUGAUGUCAUCACGUACUUGUGCAUCUGUUUCUCAGCACACUCAGGAGAAGGUUCACCUGCUCAUCCAAUUAGCUGAGAGCAUGCUGGCUAAAGGACACGCCCACCGCACAGAGCUCCGUCGCUGCGUCUCCACGGUGGAUAAACGUUACCGCGACUUUACAGUCAGGAUGGGUCAAUACCGCCACCUGCUGGAGACGGCGCUGGGUGGAUGUUCACAGGUACGACUGUUCGUCCAGAAUAAAACGCCUACAGCACAGUUCGGAUACAGUCAUGUGAUCAAACGUCUCUCUUGUUCCGUCAGGACAAUAAGGACCUGGAGCUCGAACUGAUCCCCAACAGUCUGUCCGACUCAGACCCCGAGGUGAACCUGUCGGACCCGAGUCAUCAAGUCAGCGACGAGAAGAGACGAUCAGCCCGCAAGAAAGAGUGAGUGCCGUUUGUCCGAAUGUUCGUCAAAGUACUCAGAGCGUACGUGGUUCUGUAACAGCUGCUCAUGCGUCCUCAGGUACAUCAUGGCCGAGCUCCUGCAGACAGAACGGGUCUACGUCAGAGACCUGCAGGAGUGCAUCGAGGUACACGCCAAAAACCAUCACAGAGCAUGCAGAACACGUUUAGAUCCUCAUGAGGUCUUCUGGUCUAGAUUUGUGAAAGUCGCACUUCAUCAUUCUGUCUGUAGAUGUUUAUUGACUCCAACAGCGCCCUCUGCUGGCUCGUCUGCACACACAUCACAAACACAAUCAUGAAAAAGAAAACACCCAUGAUCCUUUGCAGAGUUACAUUCAAUAGUGAUUACCUCUGUGCAGACGUACCUGUGGGAGAUGACGAGCGGCUCAGAGGACGUCCCAUCUGGUCUCUCUAACAAGGACGACAUCGUGUUUGGGAACAUCCAGGACAUCUACGAGUUCCACAACAGGUACGGCUGAAGAACUCUGAUAAGACGGGUUUGUAGAUGUUCUGUGAUACCUGAGGUUCACUGAAACACCUUCCUCCAUUUUACAGCAUUUUCCUGAAGGAGCUGGAAAACUACGAGCAGCUUCCUGAGGAUGUUGGUCACUGCUUCGUCACCUGGGUAACAGUUGUUUUCAUUAUUAAACCGUUUAAGACGUACGUUUCUAAUUAAAACCCUCUGAACGGAUGAUCCUGUUUGUGUCUCAGGCGGAUAAGUUCCACAUGUACGUGACGUACUGCAGGAACAAACCGGACUCCAGUUUACUCAUCCAGCAGCACGGAGUCGGGUUCUUCGAGGUCAGGGCGUCUUUUUUUACUUCGUUCAAAAUUAUAAAACAAAAAUCUUCAGUGGUCCAGGUGGGAUAAUACCGGUGCAAAUGUGCUGCAGUAAUUACUUUGGACAUUGGGGAGUUGCACAAGUUCUGCAGAAUACACAACAGUUGUGUGUUCAAAUGCCAAAGUUUUCCAGGAACUUGUCUUGAAAGCAAACGCUGCGUGAAUCCAUGAAUCACUGCGGGAAACACCGCCUGUUUUCUAGGGCAGAGAAUUAGAAGAAAAUCUGUGUCAUAUAUCAAACUUCAUUUCCACCGAUCUCCUUUAUUUUUCAUCACCUCAGGAACUCGAGAGGAGCUCCUUCUUUAAGAUCACAAACUUUUGCUCAGUUAGAAAAAGGAAGAAAAGCAGUUGUGAACCACUUCUGAAAUUUUGUUUGUGCAGGAGGUCCAGAGGAGACACGGUCUGGCCAACUCCAUCUCCUCGGCCCUCAUCAAACCGGUUCAGAGGAUCACCAAAUACCAGCUGCUGCUGAAGGUAACACUGCGUCCUUUACUCCGUUUGCCUUUCAGAAGGAGAGCAGGGCUGAUCCUGCAGAAACGCAGGAGUUAAAUGAAGGGGAAAAAUGAAUGUUUGUUCCUUCUGCCUGUUUGGAAAACACAACACCUCUGAGGAUUUCACUGAGAGCAGCUUUAAAUCCAAAAAACACUUUAUAUGGAGCCCAGAGGACGCAGUCUGUGUGCCCAGAAUAAUAAAUGAAAGAGGUUUCAUGUUGGUUUGAAAACUGGGGCUCGGCAGCAGCGGGGGUCCGACGAUGACGUCCACACAGACUCCUCGGUUUUCAUGUGUCUUUGUUUUUAUCUGUUCGAGGUAACGUUUGCAGCUGUGGGGGAAACUCUGGCAGCUUUACAAGCAAAAUUAUAUUUAACAACAAACUCAUAUUUUUUAACCGGGGAAAACACUUGAACUUGGUCCUAUUUGUGUUCAAAGGAGAUGAACAAUAUGCUCGGUUUUUGCUGCAUCAGAACGGAAAGCGUGAGCUGGAGAUGUGUGAGUUUUAUUCGGAGUAAUGACGUUUGGGGGUUUUCGUGUUCGCAGGAGUUGUUGGCGUGCUGCGAGGAGGGGAAAGGCGAGAUCAAAGAAGGCCUGGACGUGAUGCUGAGUGUGCCAAAGAGAGCGAAUGAUGCUAUGCAUGUUAGCAUGCUGGAAGGUAACACACACCUCUUAUGACAUUUACACAAAUAUGAACACAAUCAUGAUGAGGGAAGGUGAGACUGUACCUGCGCUCGAUGUCACUCUCAGGUCUGGAGGAGGGUCUGGAGGUGCAGGGAGAGCUCCUCCUCCAGGACUCGUUUCUGGUUUGGGAGCCAAAGUCUCUGAUUAGAAAGGGGCGGGACCGACACCUCUUCCUGUUUGAGCUGUCACUCAUCUUCAGUAAAGAGAUCAAAGACUCGUCCGGACGAACGAAAUACCUCUACAAGAGCAGACUGAGGGUAAACACAAACACACCAAACGGCUUUACAGAUUAUUAUGUUUGAAAAGAUGUCAUCCUGUUUACCUGCUGCUGCGUUGCCAUGACAACAUGUCCCCCCUCCCUCCCUCUCUCUCUUAGACCUCAGAGCUCGGUGUGACGGAGCACAUCGAGGGAGAUCCCUGCAAGUUCGCUCUGUGGGUGGGACGAACGCCGACAUCAGACAACAAAACGGUCCUGAAGGUGAGUGAGAAGAAAAAGUGUUCGCUUAGUUUCCAGAAGAAGACAUUUCACCUGAACCAGCGCUCUGCUCACUUUCUCUCCGGUUCGUUCACUUCUUGUCCCGUCCUCAGGCGUCAUCCUUAGAGUUAAAGCAGGAGUGGGUCCGCAGUAUUCGACAGGUGAUCCAGGAGAGGCGGGGCCACCUGCGAGGGGCGCUGAGGGAGCCCAUUCCCCUCCCGAAGACGCCGAACCCGACCCUGGGACGUCAGCGCAGCAUCAGCCGCAGGUCAGCGCACACAGACACGCUAACAUCGUUAACACACGUGUGGUAGAUUCCUGUGAUCAUGUGACCUCCGACUGACCGUCUGUUUUUAACAUUUAACCCUCUGCUCGCUCUGUCCUCACAUUUACAGACGCUUUAGACCAAACUCCAGUCAGAAAUCCGUCUGUUUUACACAUACAGGACCUUAAGCUCCGCCCCUUUAAUAAACACUGACGCCACAACCAGACUGAUCGAUUAAUCGCACAAUAAGACUCUUUUCUGCAUGAGGAUUUAAAAGCAUGAGGAGAGAGGGUCCAUGUGAUGUAUUUAACACGCCUUUCUGUGUGUGUGUGUGUGUGUGUGUGUGUGUGUGUGUGUGUGCGUGUGUGUGUGUGUGUGUGUCACAGGGAGACGAGCGAGGAUGCAGACAGUCUCGGAGAUGCGAGCAGUCAGCCGGACACCGUCUCCAUCGCCUCCAGAACGUCACAGAACACUGCAGACAGCGACAAGGUAACACACACUCUCAAACACACACACUCAAACACACACACUGAGGGGUGUGUCAGAAAGUCUCAUGACCUCAUCCAAGCUGCAGCUGGCUGGGCGUGUGUGUAUGUGUAUGUAUGUGUGUGUGUGUGUGUGAGGGAGUUUCCUCUGCAGAUUCUCUUCUAGUAACUUUCACUUCUUCUCCGCUCUGCAGACGAGGUACGUUUGAUUUGUUUACCUGUUGGUGUUCGCUGACGGUGGGUGGGGUCAACUGCUUGCGAUAUGACCUCUGACCCUUGACUGUCAGACAUGCAUGCUGUGAGAUUUUGAUAGUGGUCAGAGCGAAGGAAGAGAGAGAGCGGCUGUCAUUGGUGGAGGAAGAAUUCAGAUGUUUGAUGAAUCAAAUGAGGAUCAUCUCGCUGGAGCUGAAGGUUGACAAACAUCAGAGAUGGUUUUAUGUCAGAGAAUCGAUUCAGGAUUGAUUAGAAAUCGACAGUUUGAUUGAUAAAAACUACUUUAAAAUAUACAAUAGGUACUCGAUCUGCUCAGAGUCUACAUUUUGACUUUGCUUGUGUUGGUUUUGUUUGAACAGUUUCAGGGUUAGUCUUUUCAGGAAAUAAUCUUGUUUACGAUAUAAUCUGAUUUACAAUUUACACACCAGCUGAGCAAAGAGAAACAGGUCGAGGGACCAGAGAGCAAAUAUUUCCACUCACCCGAUGUUGUUUGAUCAUCAAACUCAGGUGACCUGAUGUGAUUUGUGACAGCAAAAUCCAGCAGAGGCUCAAAUAAAGACGUCAUCUCUACUGUGAGUGACCGACCCUGGAUGGAAACACAGACGAUAAAAGGACCGUUACAUUCCUGAGAGAGAGAGAGAGAGAGACAGAGAGAGGCCCCUGGAAGUACAAGCUUUGGGUCCUUUUGGUGGACUUUUGAUUCGUUUAUAAAAUAUUACUACUUUACAUUCAUCUAAGAGCUUUUCUUCGAGGUUACCGUCUAACUUUCGUUCAAUAUUCUGAAUGUAACUGACCAGCUGGUGUAAAAAUCAGUCAUAAGGCAUCAUUGAUUGAUAUUUAUGAUUUGAGGUUGUCCCUGUAUGUCACCAUGAGAGGACCCUGACCAUGAGAGGACCCUGACCCUGCAGACUCGGCUGUUUUGCAUUAUUAGGACUGUAUUUGGAUAGAUUAGGAACAAACUGCUGAUGUUUCUACUUUUAUGGAGGAUAUUCGAUCAGCGUAGUAGAACAGUGGAAUUUUAAAGAUGCAUCAAAAACACUGAAAGUGUUCAGGUGUUUUCCACAAAACACACGUGUUUCUGUCUUUUAUGUGUGUGUGUGUGUGUGUGUGUGUGUGUGUGUGUGUGUGUGUGUGUGUGUGUGUUCGAUAAAAGGAGAGAGAGAUACUUGCUGAGCUGUUUACUGAUCACAUCUGUGUUCGAUUUGGACGGGAAACACCCCACUACUCCCUACAGACGCUCUGAGUGUGUGUGUGUGUGUUAGUGUAAGUGUGUCUGUGUGUGUGUGUUUCCUCCAGCAGCUGGAGCCCAUGUGCUCCCCCAACACACACACACACACACACACACACACACACACUCUCACAUACACACACAGACACAAAGCUUUUCCUUUUAAUGUCCAGGCUCACAUGAUGUUUUCUUCUCCCCUCUUGUCCAAUCAGAGCUCAGAGCUCCCUGCUCUGUGAUUGGUCAGUUGGAGAUCAUAUAUCAGCAUGAUGUAUGGAGGUUUCACGGUUUUUAUUUUUGCCAUUUUUCAUGGUUUUUUUUACUUCAGAGAAGGAGGAAAGCUUUUGUUUUGGGUCUCUUGGGAGAGAGUGAAGAAUUCAUGAAGGAGGUGAAAUAAUGUGUUCACGUGUUUGAGUGGAAUGACAUGGUUAAUAUGGUUCAGGUGUGACUCUACCUGAGCUUCCUGCACCGAUCUUUAUAACACGCUGUUAACAGACUCACUAAAGUUUGAAUGAACACACCCAGCCAUCUGCAGCGGCUCUGACAUCAUGACACACACACACACAUCCAGAUAUACACACACACACACACACACCCCUCUGGACAUGACAUAUGUGUGUUUAAAGUAAGUGUUUGCUUGUGCUGAAACUGCAACUUUAAAACUUGAAACACAGAUGAUUUGACGGGAUAACCGCUAAUACAGGCCUCAACAGUGCGACUAUUUCACUCACAUUUGCGACCUAAAAUAGAUGUGUGCGAAUUGUAAAAUAUAUUUAGGGUCACAUGUGCGCAUAAAAAAAAUCUGCAGAGGUAACGAAUGAUUUUUCCUUUAAAUACGGCGGUGAAGUUAGUUUGAGGUUGGAUAUCUAACGGAUGUUCACUGAGGAUCUACCGGUGUCUUCUCACUCUCCAUAACCGGGAAUAACAACAGCAGCGCGGUUUAAUCUAUCGGCACCCUCACUGUCAACGUCUGUGUUGAAUAAGGGACCGUCAAUAAAUUACUGGUUGAUUUUCUCAGAAAAGUCUGUUUCUCUUCAACAGCUUCCAUGUCAUGUGACCAAUUGACCUAAAAUUGAUUUCUAAUAAUAGUACUAAGGUCGGACGAUAAGACACAUCUCUUUUUUUCUCAAAUUUGUCCUCCAAAAAUGUUUGGGACCAAAUUUUGAACCUGUCCUUCAAUAGCUUCCAUGUCAUGUGACCAAAAGAACUUAAACAGAUUAUUUGUUCCAUUUCUAUUGUGCCCCUAAAUUUCUUUGUGAGCUCCUAGUGAAAAGAAACUGUGUCUAGCCCUGUAUGACUCAAACUUGCUGAGGUUAAAGAUGAGUCUGUCUCACCUGUGUGUCCACCUGUCUGUGCAGCUGUCAGGAGGCUGUGAGUUAGUGGUGGUGCUCUUGGAUUUCUCCUCGGGGGGCUCCGGAGAGCUCAGCGUUCGCUGCGGUCAGACGGUGGAGCUGGUGGAGCGCUCUGCAGACCGGCCCGGGUGGUGUCUGGUCAGAACAACAGAUCAGUCACCUCAACAGGUAACAAAAUCAAAUCUGAAAUCUUGAAGAAGUAAAUAAACCCAAAAGUAAAACAGAAAACACAGAUAUGACAGAAAACACUCACCUCUGAUAUUUUUAAUCUCCUCUUCUCCUGCAGGAGGGCUUACUGCCCAUGAGCACCCUCUGUCUGUCACACUCACACAGUGCAGCCGACAUGGAGGGGCUCGUCCCGGCUUCCACCACCUCCUCCAGCACGUCCUCUACAUCCACCACCACUUCCUCCACCUGCAACUCUGCCACCACCACCUCCUCCUCCAACUCCUCCUCCACCAUCAGCGCCGGGAAGGGUAAGAGUGGGUGACAUCUCUCUUCCUGUCUGUGGGCUGGAGGGUUUUGUUUACAACGUUAGCGCGAGCCAACACGAGACCGCACCUCAACCGUAGAUCCGGUAUUUACAUGAAUGACAGCAAGACCCCCCCCCCCCCCCCCAUUAAUCAUUGAACAAUUUUUAAGAUUUUAGAUAAAGAAACAUGGAGCAGCUUUAAUUUAACGUGCAAAAAUCUAACAAAUUAAUGUCACAAAAAGUACAGAAUAUUUUCAUGAUUUCUGUGACUUAUUUUAUCAGACAGUGAAGUUUGUAGUCGUGAUUUUACAGAUUUUUAGAUCAUAUUAUCUUCCCUUUUCAACCCUCUUUUCAGUCAUAAAAGGUUUUCCAUGUGUAUUUGUGUGUUUAUAUUUGUUUCUCCACGUUUAGCCUUCUUUACAAAAAAUAAAUCCCAAUAUGAGAUACUCCUGUCCUCUUUCUGCUCCUUAUACAAUCUCCCGCUGCUGCAGCACUUCCUCUGUUUGCCUCAUGUCACUUCCGCCUCAAACAGAGUGAAUUUAAACAUCCUCAGCCUCCAGCACAGAGUGUGUGUGUGUUUGAGUGUGUUAGUGUGUGUGUGUUUGACUUUUCCCUAGCCCUGUCUCUCGCUCUUUCUUUUCUCGUCCCUCUAAAUAUUUAAAUGCUGGUUUGUAAAGCUGCGAGCGCGCCCGUCAGUCCCCGUGUUCUUGUGCUGAGCUGGGCAUAAAAAAUUGAACCUGUUUUGUUUGUUUGUUGGGAUCUGCUGGUUCACAUUAACGUCAGUCUGAGUGACUGAAAGCUUUGACUGCAGGAUGUUAAAUCUGUAUAUGUGGAAAUAUAACAAAACUAAUGUUAACAUAAAUUACAUAAUGUUCCUUUAAUUUACCAAACACGUGUGCUGAUAUCAACCAAAACAGAGUAAGUAGUGCUCUGUGCUUUAAUAUAUAAACCUGAUUAAUAUUAAACCCACAGCCUCAGUGUGAUAAUCUGCAAUCUAACCACACACACACACACACACACACACAAACACACACACACGCACACACACACACACACACACACACACACACACACACACACAGAGUCAGAGUCCAGAGGUAAGACGGUUUCAGGGUUAAAGAUUGACCUGAAGGCGCUGAGACUCAACAGGAAUCCACAGUUUUAACAUCCUGACAGUUUGUGUGUGUGUGUGUGUGUGUGUGUGUGUGUGUGUGUGUGUGUGUGUGUGUGUGGCCCCCUGCUGGGUCUUCUUCCCUGUCAUUAAACAAUGGGAGCUGCAGUUUAAAAAUAAGUGGAGCUCUUCAGGUCAAGUCUGCUCAUAUUUCAGUUUGUUUAGUUUCUCUCCAGAAUGAAUUUGUGUUUCCUUCUUUUUCAUAAUUCUUUCAAUUAUCACUCUUUUUUUAUUUUCAAAGAUUUUAUCUUAUCCAAAUUAUCUUUAAGUUUUAUUUUCUAAAUUAAUGAUAGUUUAAUUUGAUUAAUGGAUCCCAUAAAAUUUGAUGCUUUUUGUUGAUUUUUUUAAUCCAGUCUGUUUUUGUAUUUUUAUAUUUUAUCUUGAAAGGCCUUUAUUAUUUUGUCGCCUCUCAUUAUUCAAGUUAUUUAACUUAUUAAUUUACAUUAUAAAAUAAUAAGUUAAAAAAUCAUUAAUUUUGGAACUGUUCUGGAGGCCACACCCCCUCUCACUCUGACCCGCCCCCCAUGCAUCCUGACCCCGCCCACAAACCUCUUACUCCUCUGUAGUUUCUCUCAGCCUGGAGUGAAGAAACUGCUCUCAGUCUGACUCUCUAUACCAGGGGUGGAUUUUUAAAUGUUCCUCUGAAUGGAUUGAUGCCGAAGUAUGCAGAGGGGCAGAGGUGCAUGCUGGGAUUGUUCUGCCAUUUGGGAAUGGAUUGUGGGAGCGGGUCGGGACGAGCGAGGUGGGUUUUAAAGUGAGAAUGAGAAGGAAAGAGAGAGAGAGAGGAGGCAUGAGUGUGUUGGUUAAUAAGUGAUAGAGGAAAGUGACUGUGUUGACCUCUAUGCUCGCUCGCUCUCUCUCUCUCUCUCUCUGAGUUUCACUGUCUCUCUACCAUCACUGCUAAACUAAAACACACGGAGCGACUUCAAAGAAAAGGCUGCAGGAAUGUUCCUGAUGAAUUUGUCGAACUGGACCUGCAGGUUUUUCUUUCUCUCUGCUCAGGCUGCACAGACACCACUCCCAACACAUUCAGCCCUGUGUGAGCGUGUGUGUGUGUGUGUGUGUGUGUGUGUGUGUGUGUGUGUGUAUUCAGUCUGCAGGAGGUCCUUCUUCACUGAGAGAGGAUGAACUGUCUGUCUCUACAUUUCUGUCCCCUGUCCCUCUCUCUCGGUCUCUUAGUCUCUUCUGGAGCGAUAAAAAAAGAAGCUCAUGAAAUAAAAACGAAUAGAAACUGUUCCUACACUUUCUCACGUGGUGUGUGUGUUUGUGUUUGUGUGUGUGUCUGCAGACUCGAGUGUGUACGGAUCUGAAGGCUCAGCGCUCAACAGCCAAACAACAACACAAAGUAAGAAAGGAACGCUCUGGAUUCACCACCGCGCCGACACGGUGACACGGUGAGCUCGCCUUUACGCUGAUGACGCCCUGUUCUUUCUCUCCGUCAGGUGCCACCUCGCCUACAGUGUAUGGAGCAGGUGGGACUCCAGGGGGUGCCGUGGGUUCUCCGGGGCCAAAACGCACCGUCUCUGCAACCGGGAACACUCUGAAGGUAACAGCUGGUCAUCAUCAUCAUCAUCAUCAUCAUCAUCGCUCUGUUAACAGAAAGGAGCAGAGUUAGAGAUACUUUCUUACCCGUACGCCAAUUCCUACCGGAUCUAUUUGCGAGGCGAAUUUCCUGGCGGAUUACGGACGGCGGGAAUCACAAGAAAUCACAAGAACCCGCAGAUUCACGUGCAAUCCGGCGAUAACAAGUUGUCUCUAUAAAGACAGACACAUAGACAUAUAAGCAGUAGAUCGUGUCCUUCCAGUGGAGGAAAUGUACUUCUAGACUUCUAGAAUCAGCAUCUCCUCAUCCAUGGUGUCAUCGGAGUGAGAUGACGUCUAAAAACCUUUCACUUGUUCAGAGUGUUUUAUUUUGAAAAGUAGCCGGAUGUUUUAUUUUGUGUCUGUGCCCGACUUCCUUUCCAGCACGGGUUAAUCUGUGCUGAAUUUAUCCACCAUGCUCCGGCGUCCAGAAAAAUUAGAACUCUUGCGAUCAGCCGUGGAGUCCGCCGAUCCGCAGAGGUGGAAAUCGACACGUUAACUUGAAUAGUUACGAUUACAGCUACGAUCGGAGGAUACGGUCUUUUUGUAAGCGUUCAGGAUGGCGUGGAAAUUGGAGGUCAGAGUGUGGAACAUCUCCGAUAUUAUUAUAAGGAUUCAUAAAAGGAGGGAAAGCUAGGACGAGUUUAACCACUCUGUGAGCGACUGUGUGAGCGAAUAGUUCAACAAUCUGAGAAACUGGUCCUCCUGCAGUCCUGACUCGUGUCUCUGAUGGAACUGAGGUUGUGAAAUUUUAAACAAUUCAAUUUGUGCGUUUGUUUCAGCGCUGGUUGACCAGUCCCGUCCGGAGGCUGAGUCAAGGAAAAGCUGAUGGACAGAAGAAACCUCCAAUCAGAACCAGGAGGCGGGACAACAGGCCGGAGAUCACACCCCUCACUGCCAACGCACAGACGGUACACACAAUAAAUCGAACACACACGCUCUGAAAUAUGGAACGAGAGUUAAGGUUGAGUUUUUUGUUCCUGCAGAAGGCGAGGAAGGAGGAUGGAGCGCAAAGUGGAGGGGAGGAGGAGCCAGAAGAAGAAAGCCAGAACCCUCUACCGCCGCCGAUGCAGAUCAUCAAAGACCCCAACAACCCUGAGGUGAGCAGAGAGGAGGUGCUGUUUGUACUCCGACUCCUCUUUAUUGAAAAAACCGUCUAUGGUCUCAAUAUCUGAAGUCUCCUUCAAUACAGCGUGAUGUUUAAUUUGAAUCAAAGUCCCGUUACUAACAGAGAUAUGUGAGCAUUGAAGAAAAACGAUGAGCUGAAAGUGCUGAGAAAACAUGUAUUCACGGCUUAAUCUGCUGUAGGAGGAUUCAUUUGAUGUUUCUAAAGCGUCUCUCUGUCCUCAGGCUCUGGACUCGGAUCAGGGCUCCAAUGAGUCAGACACCGAGCAGAGAAAUAAAGCUCUGAGAGGACGCAUGUAAGAACCACACUCAUCACCUAUUUUUAAAGCCAAGCAGAGCGAGUGAAGAUCUAAACACGUGCGUCUGCGUUUGCAGGUUUGUGGUUAAUGAGAUGGUCCAAUCAGAGAAGGACUACGUGAAGGAUCUGGGCGUGAUCGUGGAGGUGAGACUGUGAAACAAGAAGACGUGUGUCAAAUGGGAUUAAGUGAUCUGACUGUUGAGAUGGAAUAAUGAAACGUGGUGAAAUAUGAGGCUGUCUGUGUGUCGUCAGGGUUUCAUGUCCAGACUGGAGGUCAGAGGGAUCCCAGAGGACAUGAGAGGGAAAGACAAAAUCGUCUUCGGGAACAUCCAGCAGAUCUACGACUGGCACAGAGAGUGAGUCCGACGCACUUAAAAACACAAACAUCAACAUAUCCAAUAACUCCGCCUCUUCCUGUCGCUUCAGUCCGAUUAAAAACAGACUCCUCCUUCUCCUCGGACUAAACCUUUGUCUCUGUUCUCAGUUUCUUCCUGGUGGAGUUGGAGCGUUGUCUUCAGAAUCACGACCUGCUGGCCGACCUCUUCAUCAGACACGUGAGUUUAACAGGAUUACUCAUGAUCUCGAUUGACUUUCUGAUUUUAAACUCUUUUUUUAAUGUGUGUGUGUGUGUGCUGCAGGAGCGCCGACUCCACAUGUACAUCGUUUACUGUCAAAACAAGCCGAGGUCAGAGUUCAUCGUCAUCGAGUACGAGACCUUCUUCGAGGUAACUUCAUUUUCAAAUGAUCAACUUUGAAAACAUUUUUUACAGAGCCUUACGAAUGCAGACGUCCCUGCUUUUAUCGCUUCUCUGACAUUGUUUUAAGUUGUUUUAAAUGUAUGUAAUGGGCUUCGUCAAUACGCUUAGAAGGAAUUAUCUGUGGUGGGUUUAAAUCACAAGUUAACAUUUGUUCACUCAAUCUUCGAUUUUUAACAGACAAAUCUGUUUCUGCCGGGGUAAAAAGUUCCCUUUGCUGCUGCACUAACCGAGAUUAAACAAUAAAACGUUUUCAGCCAUCCUGUUUGAGUGAAAGUGAAUCAUAAAAUCAUUAACAGAGACGUACCUGCAGCACGCUUCAGCAGACAGGAUGGCAGGAUGAGCAGGAGGCGGUUCAGGAGCCAAAGGCUGAAAAACACAAGAGUUUCCAGAUUAAAUAAAAGCUCAGCAACGUAAACAACAACCAACUGUCAUUAACUGAAACCUGCCUGUCUGUCUGUCUGUCUGUCUGUGCAUCGGUCUGCAGGAGAUCCAGCACGAGAUCAGCUGCAGGAUGUCUAUCAGUGAUUACCUGAUCAAGCCCAUCCAGAGAAUCACCAAGUACCAGCUGCUGCUGAAGGUCUGAGCUCAUUUCUACGUCAACAGUCACGUUUAUUCAGCUUCUCCUCUCCUCCUCUCUAACGUCUCGUCUCUCUGUGCUCCUGAUUUUCUCAGGACUUUCUCAAGUACACGUCUAAAGCAGGACUGGACUGUGAAGAGAUCGAGGUGAGGCUCAGUUAGGACCCGCAGGGAUGAGCGACUUUCCCUCAUGUCUCCUCAAGAGGGCAGCAAAGAGUUUUAAAGCUGCAGCAGAAUAAGACAAUCAAUGUUUCCCCUUUUUAUGCUACAAUAUCACACCGUCCCAACUUCAUCACAUUUUCUGAACAUGUGUGUCUCUUUACAGCUGAUACGAAAAAGCAUUUUGUUCUUUUUUUGCACUUAUUGACAGAGCCAUCCUCCUUAUUGUCCUGUUACAGCAGACGCUCUUUGUGUACAGUGUGUGUUUACUUUUCCUUGAAUUGUGUCUCAUCGUUUCUGUUUUUACUUUUUAAACCUCUCAUCACGCCUGUUGAUCUUCCUGUUUAUCUGAACUCGUUCUUAUCUCUGUGCGCAGAAAGCGGUGGAGCUGAUGUCUUUGGUGCCAAAGCGCUGCAAUGACAUGAUGAACCUGGGGCGUCUGCAGGGAUAUGAGGUACACCUGCACCCUUAAACUGGUGAAUCGUGAAAUCCAGAUGACUGUAGAGCAUUUUCAGAGGGACACAUGGCACAUUUUUGGAUCAUAAACUAGAAUUGUUAUUCAGAACCACACUUUGUUAUUAUUGCUGGAAAUUUUGUGCUCGUGUUUACAAAUGUUUCACACUUACCAUUACCCAUAGAUUUGCGCAAAACCAAAAUAUCGCAAUAGAAAACUGGUAAUGGAAACACCUAAAUUUAAAAAAACCUCUCAAAUAUCGCUAAAAAGUUUUUAUGCUCUCAUGAGGUGGUUUUUCAGACGUGUCGAUAUAGAAGUAUAUCUCAAAAGUGUAAUUGAAACACUAUUCUCGCAAUUCUACGUCACCGGACGUGACGUAGCGGGUCAUGUGAUCAUGCUUCCGAGUGGGAACUGCCUCCCGGGGGCUUGACAUGGUGGGUGCCACAAGAGGCUCAAUAACAUCACAGUUCAUUGAACGUAUCCCGGGUCAUCCUGAAGUUUUGAAUCCACAAUUCGUCUGUGAAUCCCUCAUUAACGAUCCUCUCCCAGAAACCCUUCAUCCGUGUCCGCUCCCACACCCGCUGCCUUCGUCUUCUGAUGACAGCAGCGGCAACAGCAGUAAUGGUCACAGAAAUAGCUGCUCGAAAACGCAAAAUGUUUUGUAUCUCCUCCAUGUUGGUGUGCAAAAAGGCUUAAGGAAUAUGAGGUCGCACGGGCAGGAAGUUUACCUCGUUAUGCGCUGAACACCAUUCAAUGGAAACACCCGCAAAUCGCAAUUGUACUUUGUCAAAAUUUGAUAAACAUCGCUUUUAUUUUGUGAAAAAUGUAAUGGAAACGCAGCGAGUGAAUUGGCGAUUUUGCACAGUUUAAAAGACGAGAAACUGAAUUAAAAAAAAAAGUUGAAGGGGUUUUUUGGAAAGUAUAAAAAGCAAAAACUACUUUGUUGGAGGAAAACAAACCAGAGCUGGUUGAAAAAAUAGGACAAAAAUGAAAACACUGUUUAAUGAUAAAAUUACGUUCUCAAAUUGGAGUUUUCUGUUUGGACCUCAUGUAGCUUUUAUGAAAUGGUUUGACACAUAACGUCACACAGAGUCUCACCCGUGUCUCUUUGCGGUUCAGGGGAAGCUGACGUCUCAGGGGAAGCUGCUGCAGCAGGAGACGUUCUGCGUUUGGGAGCAGGACGGAGGAGUUCUGUCUCGCAGUAAAGAGCGCAGAGUUUUCCUGUUCGAGCAGAUCGUCAUUUUCAGCGAACUUCUGCGCAAAGGCUCCAACAACCCUGCAUACCAGUUCAAGAACAGCAUCAAGGUUAGAUUGGUUCGCACAGGUAUGAGACAAGGAUCUGCGUUUGGACUGAUUUAUACUGAUGCGAUUUCGUUGUGUGAUCAGGUGAGUUACCUGGCCAUGCAGGACAGCGUGGACGGGGAUCCCUGUAAGUUCGUGUUGUGGUCUCGGGGCUCAGCAGAGCGCUUCACACUGCAGGCGUCUUCACCUAGCAUCAAGAUGACCUGGACGGAAACAAUCGCGACCCUGCUGGACGCACAGAACAACUUCCUGUCAGGUUGGAACACGCUCACAUCUCCCAUCAACCACUGCAAAAUAUCCCUGAACUGUCCGUCAACGACCAAAACGUUUUUAAACUGUGUGUCUGCAGCUCUUCAGUCUCCCAUUGAGUACCAGAGAAAGGAAGGAGGGAUCUCUGUGACCCGCCCUCUGUCGUCAGGGCGACCACCUUCAGCUCCACCUACACCGAACGGCCACGCCACACAGCCUCCACAUGACAGUGAGCAGGACGACCAGGUGCAGAUUUCUACUUCUUUUUUAGUGCUUUGUUAGAGGAGUAGGUUGGAUUUAAGUUGACCUAACAAGUCCCUGUGACCUUUGACCCUUCAGGAGCUGGUGAUGGUGAUGCAAGACUUUGUGGCGGUGCGGGAGGAUGAGAUUUCCGUGUUUCGGGGGGAGAAGGUUCAGAUUCUGGCGUCCAACCAGCAGGGUCAGAGUCUGGUGUACCGACCGGCCAACAGCGACUCUCCGGCCGCCGAGGGCUGGGUGCCACGCAGCGUGCUCCACGCGCACUGACACACAAAUACACACUCCACACUGACAGCAGGGUCAGAGUCUGGUUUACGACUACUACACACACACACUGACUCAACCAUAGGAAGCUAACACGGCCAAAGGCAUGCUGGGAAACUCUUUCAUGUGGGAGGUAGAGCCUGAAUGUGGCGAUGAUUACUCACCCAAACCAAACUCAAAUAUCUGUUAACGCUCACUCUGAGGUUUAAGGUACGGAUCAUGUGACCUCAGAGGGGUCGCCAUUCUUUGGCUUUUCAUUGCUGACAGUUUCCAGGCAGCCUUUAGGCCCUGUUUACUCUUUUAACACACACACACAGACACAUACACACACAUACACUUUCCCAGCAGCAGGUACUGUUAGGCUCCGCCCUCCCCCCCUGGUGCUUCAGCAUUGAGCCAAAACACACCUCCGUUCUCGUCCAACCGGGACGUCAGGUCAGCCUCCGGUUUACCGCUCUGAGCGACCAAUCACACUCUGAUGACAUCAUAAACUGUUUCCUGUGAGUCAGCAGGAGGGAGACCAUGCGACCAUAUCAUUAUCGCCACGACAACAUCAACAAGAGACGAUUUAAAAAAUUAAAAACCUCCCAGAAGAGAUGAGGUGCACGGACCGUCAGCCAAUCAGAACUCUGCGUGUCAUCCUGUUAAUAGUGUGUAUAAAGAGACUGAGGACACACAAACACACACACACACACACGCAUCAUAUACACAUACUGCUAUGAUGAAGAUGAUGAAGAUGAUUAAUUAUGAAUAUGAUAAUUAAGAGUAAUAGAGUCUGUUUUUCACCUCAAUAGAAAAAAAAGAGAGAACCUGUUUGUCAUGUUAACGUUUGUGUGUGUGUGCGUCAGAGAGAGAGCAUGUGUGAGUGUCAGUGAUGCCGUCCUACGUGUGUGUGCGCGUGCGUGCGUGUGUUUUUUUCCACGGACAGUUAGGUGGUGUCCCGGUGUAGCGUUGCCAUGACGACUCGUUGUGUUUGCGGUGACACCCGAUUUUUUGUCUUUUUAGGAACCAGAGCUGCCGCCGUCCUCACCCCUCCUCUCCCCCGACCCCUCUCCCUCCCAAAGUACCCCUUCCCCAUCACUACCACUGUUACCAUAGCAACUGACGGCGGCCCCUUCAUGGCAUGGAGCUCCUGCAGCUCUGGUUAGUUUGGAUAUUCAGAAUAUGCAUUUCCUGUUUCUGUAAAUAGACCAGACCAACAACUGCUACUCCACCAACUUUGGACACUGAAGCUGUCUGUCUGUCUGUCUACCCGUCUGUCUGUCUGACAGGCAGACAGCAGCACCUCCACCUACUGUGACCGUCUGUUUCUACUAAACCUAAACUCUCUACCUGUCUCUAUCUCUCUCUCUCUCUUUCUCUCUCUACCUCUCUGUCUCUCUCUCUCUCUCUCUCUCUCUGUUUCUCUGGUGCCAUUCUCAGACAACACCCCGGUCCUUAAGGAGCUACGCAGCCUGUUGAGUGCACUACAGAGGGGUUAAAGUGGGGUGUAGUGCGCUAUGAAGGGUGCAGGGAGAGAAUAGCAAAGUUUGAUGCCGCAUUCAUGUCAUGCAGGAAUUUCCAGUUCUGUGAACAUCCACACUCUGAUUCAUCAAACCUGAAAGAGUCGAUGAACAAGGACGCCUCAUGUCUGAUUCUUACGGUACUUAGAAACAAACUCGUGAAUUAAGUGCUUUAAUGUCCAUAUACAGUAUUUUGAACCCUCAACCAACCAACUCUGCAACCUUGCAUGUCAUUUCUCUCAUUCCACAUAACAUGAACUCGGCAUUCAUCAGAUGUUUGAAACCUAAAAAAUGGACGUUGUCUUGUUCCCUGUGCAGGAAUGGAAAAUGAUUUUGUCUUCAACAUGUCACUGUUGUGUUCAGGAAUGCUAAAAGAGACUAGAAACUAAGAAAAGUAACGUCUAUGAGGUCCAAUAUUUUAAGAAAUUAUUAUCAAUGUCACAACGUGAACAUGGAGUGCACCAGAAAGAUGAAGAAUAGACUGCAGAGCACUACUAAGGGUGCGAAAUAGUGAUAGAAUACUUGUAAGGAGGCUUGGACUGCAUUAUGAAGAGUUUAAAGAGGAAUAAGUGCACAAUGGAGGGUAUAGGGUUGUGUGUAGUGCACUAUUAAGAGUGAAGGAUGGAAGGUAGUGCACUAACAAGGCUAUAGUAUGAAUGGUUGUGCAUUAUAAAGGGUGUAAGAUGGAAGGUAGUGCACUAUGGCAGGAAGGUGAUGGGAAAGAGUGCACUAAGGGUGUAGGAUGGAAGGUAGUGAACUAUUUAGAAUGAAGGACAGAUGGUAGGGCACAUUGAUAGGUUAAAAAUAGAAAGGAGUAAAAUUAUGGCAAGUAAAGAAUGAGGGUAGGGCACUAUAGAGGGUGCAGGAUGGAAGGCAAUGCACAAAGAAGGCUAUCGGAUGCAACAAAGUUUACUAAGGGAGAGAUUAAAAUAAAAGUGGAACACUAUCAAAAGUACUUAUUCAAACAUUAUGCACUACCAAGGGCUUAAGGAGGCAGGUAGUGCCCUAAGCAGGGUGUAAGUUGUAAAAUAGCACACUAUGGAGGCCUGGAAGUGGAGGUAGUGCACUAUGAAGGACGUAGCUCAGAAAGCAAUGCACUAAACUAAGAAGCAAAGUAGUGCACUGUGGCAGGUUAAGGUUGAAAGGUGGUGCACUACAGAGGGCAUAGGGUGCUGUUUGAGAUCUAGCCUUGUUUGGCAAACUCAACUAACCAAUCAAACAGUGUUAUUUGUACAGAACUAACAGCUGCUAACUGACUGCUAACAGCUCUCUGUCGUUGUUUGUAAUAAACUUCAUUUUUCAUCCAAAACUAUCUGA